GUUACAGUAAUGGCGUACAUGGGGGACGAGUGAAGAGGAAGCCACGUUUACACAAGAAGUGGUGAUUUCUAUUUUUUUCUGUCCUCAGGACAUAACGGUCUCGACGUCAACCAACACCUGUGCACCCUGACACAUCACCUGGAUCAUUUAGGACGGUCAAAGAAGCCACAUCAUCAAACAGGAUGAGUGUGGGAUUUAUUGGAGCGGGCCAGCUGGCGCACGCCCUGGUGAAAGGCUUCACAGCUGCUGGUGUGAUUGCUACACACAGGAUUACAGCCAGCUCCCCAGACACCGACCUGCCCACUGUAUCGGGGCUGAGGAAAAUGGGGGUCAAUCUGACAACUAGCAACAAAGAAACCGUGAAUAAGAGUGAUGUUCUUUUCCUGGCUGUGAAACCUCACAUCAUUCCUUUUGUUCUGGAUGAGAUUGGGCCAGACAUCGAGGACCGUCAUCUAAUCGUCUCCUGCGCGGCAGGUGUCACCAUCAACUCCAUAGAGAAGAAGCUGCUUCAGUAUCGUCCCUCUCCUAAAGUCAUGAGGUGUAUGACCAAUACUCCAGUGGUGGUGAAAGAGGGAGCGACUGUGUACGCCACCGGGACACAUGCAGAGGUGGAGGACGGGAAGUUAUUGGAGCAGCUGAUGGCGAGUGUGGGUUUCUGUACUGAGGUGGAGGAGGACCUCAUCGAUGCCGUAACCGGGCUGAGUGGCAGCGGACCUGCCUAUGCGUUCACAGCCCUGGAUGCUCUCGCAGAUGGAGGAGUGAAGAUGGGUCUGCCCAGGAGGCUGGCCGUCAGACUUGGAGCUCAGGCACUGCUGGGAGCAGCUAAGAUGCUGCUGGACUCGGAGCAGCACCCCGGCCAACUGAAGGACAACGUGUGCUCACCAGGGGGCGCCACCAUCCACGCCCUGCACGUCCUGGAGAGCGGCGGCUUCCGCAGCCUCCUGAUCAACGCAGUGGAGUCAUCAUGCAUCCGGACACGGGAGCUGCAGUACCUGGCAGACCAGGAGCGCAUCUCUCCAGCAGCCAUUAAGAAAACCACCCUGGACAAAGUGCUCCAGCAGCCCGGAGUCACAGUUAGUGGAGUGGCUAAUGGGAACGGCAGAUCGGGGCUCAGCCUGUUCAACAAUCGCGGCCCUGGGAUCAAGAAAAACUGAGUGUACAGAGGCAGGCAUACACACACACAAACAUUACAACUGUACCGAUGUGUACACACGUGGAUACACUUGCAUCUUUUACAGCUGUUCAGCCAAACAAUGUAAAAAGAACAGACUCAGGACUGGACUGAAAUCACAUCCAAAUUGGUAUUAAAGCCAAAUAAUUUAUAUCAUACUUGACUUACAUGUAGUCAGUGGACCUGGUGGGUUUUGGGUGCACUGCACAGUUAUAGCCUUAUAAUUACAUACACACUCAGAGCAAAAGUGCAUUUACAAGCUGUUGUCUGUCUGUAUUUGGGCUGUUCAUCGGUAAUGACCCAGCGGGCCAUCAUGGGAUCGUGGUUUAAAUCAUGCAGCAGAUGGCUGCUGCGACACCAUCAAGCUCUUAAUGUACGCCGUUAAUGUCUGUCUUUAAACUACAAAAAAAAAAAGCUACAAUGUAAAUCGUCAUGUGCACUUUUCUGUGCUCAUAAUAUUUAUGUUUGACUAACAGUGUUGCGCUGUUUUUACAAAGACUGAAUAUGAUUUGAACAACAAAUGUAAAACUUUAUUUUUGGCCAUUUUCAUUGUGUUAUGUAAACACCCGAGUCUUCAUGUCUUCUCUGUAAUGUUACAAAGGGUAAGCUAGCUCAUUAGGAACAUUUUGCUUUUUGAGCCCAGAAAAUCUGAUUUCUUACAAAAGGUCAUUCCAAGCUUUCAAACAGCUGAGUCAGCAUUUCCCUCGCAUCCGUCUGUUGCCUUCCUGUUAGUUCUUUAUCAUGCUAAAGGACACUGUGGUUCUCAAAGCCCAAAUCCUGAUCUGCUAUCUCAAACAUCCUGAUGUUUUUACCACAAAGCUGUUUUUCACACUUUCUCUUACUAGGGGGAUGUAAUUGAUGAUGAACCUGGAAGUAUACUUCAAGUAAAUAAUUGACAUAAUGAAAAUGUGCGUAAAAAAUAAGUACAUCAGCCUUCAAUCCGUCCUAAUUUUGUAUUGAUCUAUAUAUUUUUAUCUCCGUAAUGUUACAUUUAGUGUAUUGUUUUGUUUGACUUACAAACCGUUGAGUUGGUUUGUCAGUCACUAAGUCAUUAAAGAUGCAGAUUCAAACA